CAAGCGCCUCAGUGUCAUUACUGACCUUCGGCAAUCCAUUCAAGCCAGCAAGUUUGGAGAGCGUGUUGAGUUUAAUCAAUUCAUAACGUCGAGAUGGAGCCGAACUCACUGAAGUGGGUGGGCUCAUCUUGCGGUUUACAUGGACCAUAUAUUUUCUAUAAAGCCUUUAAAUUUAACUGGGACGCCAAACCGAGGAUUCUGUCUCUCGGAGACUUUUUCUUCGUCAGAUGUAAACCGGAGGAUCCUAUUUGCAUAGCGGAGCUUCAGUUGCUCUGGGAAGAAAGAACAAGCAAGCAACUUUUAUCAAGCUCCAAACUUUAUUUUCUACCAGAGGAUACUCCCCAGGGACGGGCCGUCACUCACGGAGAGCAUGAGGUAAUUGCAGUGUCCGAGAAGGUGAUUGUGCGGCUGGAGGACCUGGUGAAGUGGACGCUACCAGACUUCUCAGGAUGGGCCCACGGUCUGAAGGUCGAGCCUCUCAAGCCCUCUGUGCUCCGGGAGCUGGGCACCAAUGGGAGGCGGGAGGCCCUCCACCGCUACCGAGAAAGCACCCUGACCAGUGGGCUCAACUUCAAGGAUGUCCAGAGGGAGAGGGCACAGCUAGGCCAGGAGGAGGAUGGGCGGAAGGUUUUGGUCCUCAGUUACCCCCAGUAUUGCCGGUAUCGUUCAGUUUUGGCGCGACUCAGAGAGCAGCCGUCGUCCCUUUUCAUAGAUCACACGGUGCUGGCGCUGGGCGGCAUCGCUGCGUUGAGUGGAAGCACGAAGAUCCUGUACUGCCGGGACACCUUUGAACACCCCACCCUGCUGCAGAAUGAGAGCAUCUGUGACGAAUUUGCUCCCAACCUGAAGGGGAGACCUCGAAAGAAGAAACUGUCCAUCUCUCAAAAGAGGGACUCCCAGGGUCAGGCUCAGGGUCAAGGGUCAUCAGGGUCAAGCCAGGGGUCAACAGCAGUAGCAGCACAGGACCCCUGCAGCCCAGAGAGCAAAACUACUACCAAGGUCAAAGUCAACUGUAAAACGGUACCCAAUGGAAAAAUAACCCCAGGAGCCAAACACAAGGCUAGCAGCCUGAGCAGGAAAUCAUCAGCUGAGGAGAAGGAGAGAGGGAAGGAGAGGGAAAAGGAAGAGAGGAAUGAGGAGGAGGAGAAGAGAGAGGAGGAAGCAUCAGAGGAGACCCGAGCAGAGGAGCAGGCUUUCUUAGUAGCACUCUACAAGUACAUGAAAGAAAGAGACACACCCAUAGAGAGGAUCCCCUUCCUUGGCUUCAAACAGAUCAACCUUUGGACUAUGUUUCAAGCUGCUCAGAAACUCGGAGGAUAUGAGUUGAUCACAGUCCGCAGACAGUGGAAGCAUGUAUAUGAUGAAUUAGGUGGCAACCCCAGCAGCACAAGCGCUGCCACGUGUACACGGAGACACUAUGAGAGGCUUCUUCUUCCAUAUGAAAGGCACAUUAAAGGCGAACAGGACAAACCCCUCCCCUUGACCAAACCCAGGAAACCGGAGGGCAGCCAGGAGAAGGCCUCAGGAGCCAAAGCCAAAGGAGUGGGGGCCAAGAAAUUGAAAAGCAACAACCCUAAGCUGGGGAGUAAAAAGGAGAGGGGGGAGACAGUGAAAGGCCAAGAACAAUCACAGGACUCCAAGGGGAAAGAGGAGAGUCAUGAGCUGUCUACAGCCAUAAAACAGGAGGUAUCUCUUAAAGAUGAACCAAUUGUAAUAGAGGAGGAAGAAUUACAUCUUACUCUGAAAAAGGAGGAGUCCUUGGCAGUGGAGCAGCCAUCUUCAUUCUGCCCCAAAGAGCCAGAAUGCAGAGCCCCAAGUGCUGGUCUGCCACUCCACACAGGACCCAGUCCCCAGCCUGAAUGGAGGCAAAUUGGUGAGGCCCUCCAGGCAAAACUCUCCAGUGAACAGCAAACUGAAGGGCAUUUCAUUCCUAAAAAACCCUACCCACCUCACCAUUGGGAUCAGAACAAACCUACUGGACACGUUGCUCUGCCUGAGUCCUCCUCCAGGGUCAAAGACUCCACAGAAAGUCAUGGUGGGAGAGUGGGGAAGGUAUUACCAAUGUGUAAGCAGGCAGACAGACAGUGUAUAGACUUGAGCAUGGAUUCCUUCCCAGAAAAAGAAGAUUAUGGAGUCAUUAAGAAGGAGUCUUCCCAAGGCCUCUCACAGACAACUGCCUACUGCAAAGCCAGCCAGGGGGUCAUGUCUCCUUUGGCCAAAAAGAAGCUCCUCUCCCAAGUGUGUGAGUCCAACCCCUUCUCCUUUACUUCAGCUUCUCUUCAGCCUCCACCUCCCAUAGCUGCUUCCUCUCUCCCUGCUAUAUCAAUGGCUGAAAGGGAGAAGGAGAAGAGAAACGGUGAGGAGGUGGUAGGACACAGACACGGGUGUGUGUCAGACAGCAUCCCAGAGGUAGCGCCUAUAUUCAGGCCAUCAGUCAUCCAGCAUGCCCAGAGUAGCAAGCCUCACCAACAAGUCACCAGCGGCUCAUCAGAAAGGAGUGCUGUCGGGGAGCUUUCAGAGAUUUACAGCUGCCGGACAAGCCACCACCUCCAGCUUCAAGUCAGUCCACCAUGGCAGCCCUAUCUCCCCCGAACCCAUGCCCAGGAGGGUGUGGAGACUGCCCCGGAGAAGCUAAUCCAAGGUCCAGCUGCUCAGACCCGGAGCUACGCCAGUGAUUGCUACUCCUCCCCUCACCUCCACAGUCUGUACAGGCAAACUGAGAACUGCCUGAGCCAGAAGAGGAUGGCUGGCUUUGUCAAUGGAGAGCCGAGAGAGCACUACAUCAGGGACUGUGACGGUAGCCAGGGCUUUGUUUGCGGUGGCCUGGAGCAAGAGGGUUUGGCCUACAGAUCUCACUACAGUGACCGGACUCAAACACACGGAGAGAGCAGAGAGGCAGAGGACGAGCCCAGAGACUUCACAAUUUCUAAACCUCUCUCUCAGAGGGUGUCCUCUUUCUCCAAGCCCUCCUUCUGCAGUCUCCCAUAUCCCAUCAUGCACCAGGGUUUGGAUUCCCAUCCUAAGGCAUGCAGAGUUCCUCCUAUGACUAUCUCUCCCCCCAAACAAAACUCAGCAGAGUCAUCGCAUCCAUUUCCAAGCCCCAAAGCUUCAAGUGAUUCAUCCCUCACCAGCCCCAUUCGACCCAGCAAGCGGAGCCUAGUGGAGCCCGAUAACGAGGAUGUCCUAGAAAGGAAAGUCCGUGUGGUGACGCCAAUCCACCCUGCGGGCUCGAUCCGACGAAGUGACCCAGAGGAGCUGAAACCAGCUGAGCCAGCUCACGCUGUUCACCUCAACAACCAUCUCCCCGAGGGCCACCCUACGACAACCUUCCCUCCACCUCAUGCCGCACACCUCUACACUAGCAUGUACCCACCUGGCAGCCUGCUUUCACCUGGAGCCCAGGAUGGGCUCCAACAACACCCGGGUCUGCAGUACCUGAAGAGUCAGUCAGCAGUGUCUCCCCUUGUGCCCCCUUUAGCUUUCCACUCCAUGAUGUUCCACGGGCAGCUGCUGGCCUCAAGCCCCAGCCCCCACCAUUUCUACAGGCACCCAGGUGGGGCAGCACUGUAUGGGGACCUGUUGCACCACCUGUACCCUCUCUCCACCCUCCCACCACCUCAGCUAUCCUCAGUACACCCCAGCACCAGACUGUGAGGGAGGGAGGACAAUAUUCUUCCUCUCCUUCAUCCUCAGACUUUUUAUGCUUCUUGUUGUCUUUCUGUCUCUCUUUGCUCUGGGACUGUGGCUCAGUCGAAGAAAAACACUUAAGCUGAUUACAGACUGAUCAACCCAUCAGUCAGGUAGACUGAAAAUUCCAUUUUCUUUUUUUGUCUACACAUUUUUUUGGUAUAGUUUGCACUGUUCUUUAUUUUUAUCACCACUUAGUGUAUCACUUUUUUUUGUUGUUGUUGUAUCCUUAUUUGCACAAUGCUCAUGUGUAUGUGCUCACAAAUCAUUUUGCCGCUCUCAGUCACUAUGAGUCAGGUUGUUGCUCUGGAAGUGUGAUAAGUGGAGGGCAACAGAGAAAAGCCAUUUGUUUACUACGUCUGAGGGCUAAACUUUGUUUCUUAAAAACACUACAAGUAACAUGACAAUGUAAACAAAAUGCUUUAUAUAACUAGAGGCACGUUCACCAUCACAAACAAUUCUCAGCAGCUGUUUAGCGCAUUAUUACACUUUAGGCUGGCAGUGAUGUUGUACCUGUUUACAUGUCUCCACGCUGAAAACGGCUGCCUGUUUGUGCCACAGUAAAUCCACCUGUACUCCUUGGAAUAAACAUUAACACUUGCUGCGGUGCUGCACAACAUGAAAUUGUUUCAUCAGAACAUUCAGAGGUGCUGUGUGACAGAUGUACUGUAGACUUGCUCUUUACUCAGUUCAGGUUUUGAUUUCUUAUAUAUUUCAGUUCACAUACAGCAUAAGCAGUUGUCAUGUUUGAUCUGUUGACAAGUAUGAAUGUUUUUUUCUUGGUUAAUGAAAAGCUGUUUUAAUUUUCACUUUCUAAACUGAAAGUAAUUUGACCCCCCAAAUCCCUUGUGAUGAGAGUAGACUGCAGCAGCUUGUUCUUGUCUGUAGGACCAGCAUAAUGAAGCAGCCGUCUGCUGUGGAAUGCUCACCACAAGAAAUCAGCAUUUCAUCUUUUUGUUCUUGACUUGAAAAGCUCUUUUUUGGUGAACAGACUCUUUUAUUCAGCAAGCUGAAAAGACUUGCUGUAUGAUUUGAUAGGAAUGUUGUCAUUUAGGAUAUUAUUGCUUUGCAAAUAUCUGUGCCUUUUGCAGUCUUGGAUUAGAGUUAGCACUUCAGCUGUUAAGGUCCAUCUUCUGUAGCAGGGUAGAAAUAUCAGUAUUACUGUCACUCUUGUCUGAAAUGCAGCACACAGACACUCAUACAAGAACUAUAUGGCACACUAUGCUAUCAGAUACCAGACUUGGCACAACAUUUAAUGGUUUUAGAGUUAUGCAUUAACCUAAUGGUUAGUAUUUGUGCUUAAAUAAAUCCAUUUACUUAGCUUAACUGUGCCAGGCAGUCAAUUAUAGCAGUCCACAAAAAGAUUUACUGAUAGUUGAUAUUGACACAUAUCUGGUGUCUGUCAUCCGCAGGGCAUGUGUGCUCUCUGUGUUUUCUAGCAUUGAUAAAAAGGUACCAGACUCCAUAAAGUAUGCCUACCAUGCACCAUAGCCUUAGGUAGAAAGACGACACCUGCUCUGGCUUUAACAGUCACUAUAAUUGCAAUCCAGGAUAGUCAAAACACACAGUGAACAUGUCUGGUGUUUCAAAAGAAGACAAAGAAAAAAAGCUGUAUAUGUCUAUGUGUAAAGUUUUAUUGAAUACUUAGAUAAAGACAUUCAUUUCAGAUUAAGUACUGUACAUUUCUGUGUGUAGGUAAAACUGGCAUCAGUGCUGGCUCCUGUACAGAAAAUUCAUAUGGGAUCAAUUCAUGACACCCCCCCUCCCGUCUCAUUUUUGUGUAAAUAGCACUGUUGAUAGAACCACGUUGUUGUUAUCAUGUAAACUGUUAUAAUCUGUAAAUAGUAUAAAAAGAAAACAGUAUAAAAGUCGGUUACACAAUCUAGCUGUGUCCUUGUUUGCUCUUUCAAGGUUACUGUGAUCAUGUUAGAUUUAAACACUACAAUUUAAGAAUUAGGAUACCCUUAUUUGUCGUUUCACCUUUUUUUUCCCCCCACGUUGUCUCCAUUUACGUGCAUCCUAAAAGUGUUUUUGAUACAGUAGCCAUCUGUUUACCAAUCACCCAGCUGGCAAGCAGGACAAAAAAAUUAAAAUAAAAAAUUGACAUUUUGUAUGAUAUGACCUCUUGUAUAUUUAAUUAAAAUAUUUUACUAUCUAUAUAUUUCCCCAGUUGUGUGUUUGUUUUUUUAACUGAACUACAGAUAGCCAUGGUU